CCUGUUCCCAGCACCACACCCCACUGCAUGGCCUGGUCUAGCGGGAGCCGGACGUGUGGUGUCUCUGAGUGAAGGCCAACCUGUGUCUCUCUCUGUCCCCUGCAAAAGGUGGCCACAAGGUGAACAAGAUGGCCUGGUGGAAAGCUUGGGUUGAACAAGAGGGUGUCACCGUGAAGGGCAGCUCCCACUUCAACCCAGACCCUGACGCAGAGACCCUCUACAAAGCCAUGAAGGGGAUCGGAACCAACGAGCAGGUCAUCAUCGAUGUGCUCACCAGGAGAAGCAAUACUCAGCGGCAGCAGAUCGCCAAGUCCUUCAAGGCUCAGUAUGGCAAGGAUCUCACCGAGACCUUGAAGUCGGAGCUGAGUGGCAAGUUUGAGAGGCUCAUUGUGGCCCUCAUGUACCCGCCAUACAGAUACGAGGCCAAGGAGCUGCACGAUGCCAUGAAGGGCUUAGGAACCAAGGAAGGAGUCAUCAUUGAGAUCCUGGCCUCUCGGACCAAGAACCAGCUGCGGGAGAUAAUGAAGGCAUAUGAGGAGGACUACGGGUCCAGCCUGGAGGAGGACAUCAAAGCAGACACGAGUGGCUACCUGGAGAGGAUCCUGGUGUGCCUCCUGCAGGGCAGCAGAGAUGAUGUGAGCAGCUUCGUGGACCCAGGACUGGCCCUCCAAGAUGCACAGGAUCUGUAUGCAGCAGGCGAGAAGAUCCGCGGAACUGAUGAGAUGAAAUUCAUCACCAUCCUGUGCACUCGCAGUGCCACUCACCUGAUGAAAGUGUUUGAGGAAUAUGAGAAAAUUGCCAAUAAGAGCCUUGAGGACAGCAUCAAGAGUGAGACCCACGGCUCACUGGAGGAGGCCAUGCUCACCGUCGUGAAAUGCACCCGGAACCUCCACAGCUACUUUGCAGAGAGACUUUACUAUGCCAUGAAGGGAGCAGGGACACGCGACGGGACCCUGAUAAGGAACAUUGUUUCAAGGAGUGAGAUUGACUUAAACCUUAUCAAGUGUCAGUUCAAGAAGAUGUACGGCAGGACCCUCAGCAGCAUGAUCACGGGAGACACCAGUGGUGACUACAAGAACGCCCUGCUGAGCCUGGUGGGCAGCGACCCCUGAGGCCCAGAAGAACAAGAACAGUGGCCAAGAAGCCAGAGCCCCCAGGCCCUGCCUGCUGGACCUUGGCCAUGGACGGGGGUCAGGGUGGGGGGACCACAGCCAGCCUUUCAGCCUUCUAUUUCCCAGUUUCCAGGGCUUUCCUGCUGGUAUUUCUGACCCAGAGGUAGGGACUAGCCUGGAGCUCCCCUUUCCACCUUCCUCCCAGGUCGUUUCCAGGUGUGAGCACAAUGCUGACCUUUGUCUUCACCUGGCCAAACAGAUACCUUAGCAGGAAGGGCUCAUGGCCAUUUCUCCCUCCGUAGACAGGCGCUUCCUGAGCUUGACUGGUGUCAUAGAAUCCCCUGACACAGGCUAUACAGACAGCCUGGCCCCACUUCUCUAUCAGGCAGCCCGUGUGCAGGAUAUGAGGGACCCUUUGCUUUAGAGCACCCAUUUGUGGGCAGCUGAGAAAGGACACACACAGCGAUCCCAGUCAGGGUGCCAUUAAUGGUCGUUCAUCAGCCACUAGCCUCAUCUGAAAAUAUUAGGCUCUAGCUAGAAGAAAAACUCCCUCACGAUCCUAAUACUUCAGUAAGCUGCAAAUUCAUGGCCUGACCUAAGGACAUGGUGUCCCUGGAUAUGCUCAGGAACUAAGCAUAUCCACUGCCCUUGUCUUCUGUGGCACAGGGGACAUGGCUAAGGCCUCUGCAUGACUCUUAUGCUAACCUACUAGUGACCAAGACCAGAUACCUGGAGAUGCUGAGUUGCCUUUGCUGUGGUUUUCAGAAUAAUAAAGAAUUGUAUUCACA